AGCCAUGGUUUCUCUCGAUUACAUUGAUUUUCAGUCCCUCUCUAAUCCUCUUGAUCAUGCCCCCUUCCCAAGACUAUCUCAAACACUCAGACACGCUCAAGUCGAUCUCCUCCAUGACGAUUCAUGGACUAUCUCAGAGACGCUCUCUUCGCUUCUCCCAAAGUGACGAUUCACAAAAUUGAUUUAUCCAAGACGUCGAUUCAACCGAUUCAAGAAUCAAGACCAUAUAUCAAGGUCCUUCAAUGCUUCAUUCGGCUGUCCUAGAUUCCAUACGAUUAGGGUUUUUUAAUUCAAUGACUCCAUCACUACUGUAAAUAGGUUGAGGUGAUUAGUCGAGUCUGAGGUGGUGAUUAUUUGGAGAGUGUGGGAACUCGUAAAUCUUUUUUACCAUGGGCUUUAGUUAUCCUUUGAUGAUUAUAUUCACAAGUGAAUUGAAUUCCUCAUAUGAUCUGCUGAUUUAUCAGCUUCAUUGGUUUCUGUGGAUUCUUUGAAUUGCUCAAGGUCUGUCUCUGACACCCAGAAACGUUACCCUUUCUUCUACACACUGACAGUUUAUCUAGAAGAUUCUUGGUUUAUUGAAUUGGGUUUUUGGGUUGGUGGAAGUUGAGAUCGGUUAUGGAUUAUUUAUCAUAAAAUUGCCUCUUUUUUCUGAAUGUAUAGGUGAACAACUGGUCUAAAAACAGUUUUAAUUCAAUUGAUAGCAAAUAGUAUUGUGUUUAUGUGAUUUGGGUGUCCAUGAAAUACCUAAGAUUUGGACUUUUACUUGUUUACAAUUGCCAGAUAUGAGUCUUGGCUUCAGUCUAGUUAUCUUCUUCCAUUAAGUUGCUAUUUCUGAUUGGUUGGUAUUCAUAUCUGAGUGCAGUUUCAGCAAAUGGAGUCUGUUUGUAUUCAAUGUGUUUUGGCAAUCAGAUGGCUAUAUUUUUAUAAUACAAGCUUUACCCUGUGUAAUUGCUUUGAAGUUAAUUGUUCUGUCGUGCGGAUUUUGUGAUAUUAUUAAGAGUGAUAUAUAUGCUUGCAGAAAACGAUUUAGAAGCCCAAUUCUAUACAAGAUUUGUGGUAUGGAUUGGCUAACUAAAAUUUUAAAAGGGUCCAGCUCCAGCCACAAAAUCUCGGAAGGGCGGUAUCAUGAGAGAUAUGAAGCCGAAGGAAUUUGGGAGGAGCCUUCUACUAUUGUGAAUUCGUUGUCGGACUUUGAUGACGAAGAAAUUGACCGAGCUAUUGCACUUUCACUUAUGGAAGAAGAUGAGAGAAGUGUAUGUUCUCUUGUAGAAGAUGAUAAAAAAAGUGCAUGUUCUGGUGUAGAAGAAGAAGAAGAGGAAGGUUCGGUUUCCUCAAAAGGAGAUCAAAAGGAUGUUGUUUCAUCGCCUGAAGAACAUAAUCGAAGAUCAAAUGUUACUUCUGAAGAUUAUAAAGGAAAAAAAGUUAUUGAUGACGAUUAUUAUUUGGAGGAAGAUGAACAGCUCGCCAAGGCUAUUCAGGAAAGCUUAAUUGUGGACUCACCACCACAACAUAACCAUGGAAGCCUAUAUCUACCGUUCCCAAACUUCUUUCCAAACGUAUACAGGAUAUGUGCUGGUUGCAGCUGUGAAAUUGGUCAAGGCAGAUUUCUGAAUUGCUUAGGAGGAUUUUGGCAUCCAGAAUGUUUUCGUUGUCAUGCUUGCAAUAUACCAAUAACUGAUUUUGAGUUCUCCAUGUCUGAAAACCGUCCAUUCCACAAAUCAUGCCAUAAAGAACACCAUCACCCAAGAUGCGACGUUUGCAAGCACUUCAUUCCGACAAAUGUAGAUGGCCUGAUUGAGUUCAAGGUACAUUCUUUCUGGCGACAGAAGUACUGCCCCACCCAUGAGCACGAUGGGACUCCUCGAUGUUGCAGCUGUGAAAGGAUGGAACCGAGGGAUACAAAAUAUUUGUUGCUAGAUGAUGGUCGGAAGCUAUGCCUCGAGUGUCUUGACUCUGCAAUAAUGGAUACUCAUGAAUGUCAACCUCUUUAUCUAGAAAUUCUGGAUUUUUAUGAAGGACUAAAUAUGAAAAUUGAGCAACAAGUUCCAUUGCUGUUGGUUGAAAGACAAGCACUAAAUGAAGCCACGGAGGGAGAAAAACACGUUCAUCAUCACAUGCCUGAAACUAGAGGACUAUGCCUUUCAGAAGAACAAACCAUCAGCACCAUAGUAAGGAGGCCGAGGGUUGGGGCAGGCCGGAUAAUGGACAUGCUUACAGAGCCUUAUAAGCUAAUUCGUAGAUGUGAAGUGACGGCAAUUCUCAUUUUGUAUGGUCUCCCUAGGUUAUUGACGGGUUCAAUUCUGGCUCAUGAGAUGAUGCAUGCAUGGCUUCGGCUUAAAGGAUACUCUAAUCUUCGACCUGAUGUUGAGGAAGGGAUCUGCCAAGUUCUUGCUCAUAUGUGGUUGGUCUCUGAGAUCAUGGCUGGUUCUGGUGGCACUAAUGUUGCUUCAGCUUCUUCAUCUGCACCUGCUGCUGCAUCAUCAAAGAAAGGCAGAAGGUCCCAGUUCGAGAAGCAACUUGGUGAGUUUACUAAACACCAGAUUGAGUCGGAUACCUCUGCAAUUUAUGGAAAUGGAUUCAGAGAAGGUAACAAGGCUGUGCUCAAGUACGGUCUCAGAAGCACUCUUGAUCAUAUUCGACUUACUGGAAAAUUUCCUUGCUAGUCAACAAAUGGCUUUGAGAACUAAAAGAGCAAAAGAUCAAAUAAAGAACUGUUCUGAUGAAUGGUUCCAACCCCUAUCUGGAAAGUAACAUUACAGGAUUUUCGGUUUGGGCUUAUUACAACUGUUGAUAUAUAGCGAAAAGAGCGAAUAUGAUAUAGAAAACCCGUGUUUCUUUUUUAUACAAGAUCUCAAUUAUGUUCUUUUUAUGAACCAGCAAUGUUUACUGCUUC